AUGACUGUGAGGAGAGUCCACAUCCGCCUACUGGUGCUGCUCCUCUACCUCUGGGCCAGACCCGCGUCAACUGAGAGCUCAGAGGGUCAGCUGCUGUGCCUGUGCGACAGUCCCAAGUGCCAGCAGGAGCAGUGUCGCGGCACGCGCUGCUUCUCGUCGGUGCGGGUUGGCUCCAACGGAGUGGUUUUCGAACGUGGCUGCCUGGAGGGUCCCAAGAAGACCCGCCUGCACUGCUCCACGGCGCCCUCCUCCCACCAGGCUAUCCGCUGCUGCUCACGCAACCUGUGCAACCGCAACACCACCAGAAGUGCUGUCAUGGCCUUGCUGCCUUCAGCUCCGCAGGGUGAGCCGGUUGGUUAUGGGGCCGGCAAGCUGGCUCUCCUGGCGCUGGGCCCGGUGGCGGCGCUCGCGUUGCUGUUGGCGGCGGCGGCACUGGCGUGCGGGAGGCUCCGCCGCGGACGCCCGCGCAGGCUUCAGGAGUUCGACACCGAACAGGGCGCCGCGGACGGCCUCGUCAGAGCCAACGUGGGAGACGGCACUUUAGCCGACCUGCUGGACCACUCGUGUACUUCAGGAAGUGGCUCAGGCCUUCCUUUCCUGGUUCAGAGGACUGUUGCUAGACAGAUUAGUCUAAUGGAGUGUGUAGGCAAAGGCCGCUACGGCGAGGUGUGGCGUGGCCAGUGGCAGGGCGAGAACGUGGCAGUCAAGAUCUUCUCCUCCCGGGAUGAAAAGUCCUGGUUCCGAGAGACGGAGAUCUACAACACCGUGCUCCUGAGACACGAAAAUAUUCUCGGCUUCAUGGCCUCCGACAUGACGUCGCGCAACUCCAGCACGCAACUGUGGCUGAUCACGCACUACCACGAGAACGGCUCUCUGUACGACUACCUUCAGCGCGUGGCCGUGGAGACGCGCGAGGGCCUGGCCAUGGCGGCGUCGGCAGCCAGCGGCCUGGUGCACCUACACGCCGAGAUCUUGGGCACAGAGGGGAAACCGGCCAUCGCGCACCGCGACUUGAAAAGCAAAAACAUCCUGGUGACCAAAGAGCUACGCUGCUGCAUCGCCGAUUUGGGUCUGGCCGUCACACACUCACAGGCGGACAACCUGUUGGACGUGGGCAACAAUCCCAAAGUGGGCACCAAGCGUUACAUGGCCCCCGAGGUCUUGGAUGAAAGCAUCCAGACGGAGUGCUUCGACGCUUUCAAGCGGGUGGACAUCUGGGCCUUCGGAAUGGUUCUUUGGGAGAUCGCCAGACGCACAUACAGCAACGGUAUCGUAGAAGAAUACAAGCCCCCAUUCUACGACCAGGUGCCAAACGACCCCAGUUUCGAGGACAUGAGAAAGGUGGUGUGCGUAGAGCAGCAGAGACCCUUCGUUCCCAAUCGCUGGUUCUCGGAUCCGACUCUGUCAGCUUUGGUGAAGCUGAUGAAGGAGUGCUGGUAUCAGAACCCUUCCGCUAGGCUGACAGCGCUGCGCAUCAAGAAGACGCUGGAUAAGAUUCACAGCUCACUGGACAAGGUGAAGGACUCGUGA